CUGGCCCACGCUGACCGUCAGCUGUCCACCCGCGCUGCCCGCACACCCUCCCACCUGCUCGUUGCCGUGCCCGUAGUCGCGGCGCACUCGUCGGCCAUGCGUGUAGUCGCGGCGCGCUCGUCGGCCGUGUGUGUGUGCUGGGCAUUGGCACAGCACACUCGCGGUUGCCGUGUGCGUGGUGCUAAUCCGCGUCCUGUGCCUGUGUGCUUGCUCACUCACCUGCUCAUCUGCUCGUGCAGUGCUGGGCAUUCGCCCAGCGCGCUCGCGGUUGGCGUAUGCGCUGUCGCCUGGUCGCCCGCCCAAUGUGCGCGCUGGGUCAGCGAGCGCGCACCGGCCCUGCCCCAUACUCCCCGUUAGUCAGCUCGAUCGCGUGCGAUGUUACUCACCUUCGCAUCGUGCUCACGCGUCCACCGCCCAUUUGUCGUCGGCCGCGGCGAAGCGAGGCGGCGGCAUGAGACGGCGGCGGCGGUGGGUGCGUGCUGGCAGGUGGUGGCGGGCAUGUACUGGUGGGCGGUGGCACCAGCGGGUGUUGGUGUUGGUGGCGGCGGAGAGGUGGGUGGGAGGACGGCGGCGGUGAGGUGACUCUGAGUGGGAGGACGACGGCGGCGAGGCGACGUCGCAG